CGACGAGCGAGGGGCGCUGAGACAGACAUUGCUCCCUGUGACCCAAGGAGCCAACGGGCUCAAGGGCCCAAAGGCUACUAGACGACUUGGGCGUGCACGACAUUCAACGCUACUUCGCUCCCGACAUUCAGCACUUCUUUGUUUCCUUGCCAUCACGCACGUCUCGUUGCUUCGUAGCCUCCUGAUCCGGUGUCUUCUUGACAAAUUCCUUAGGCAAAUGGCUCUCGCUCUCUCGACCAAGAGUGGACAUCACGACACGAUGGCAUCCUCGUCGUUGCCUAUCGAGCCAGCCCAGCAACAGCCGUUGCACCCCUCCCAUGCCAAGUUCAGCAUCGCCGACCUCAUGGCCACCAAUAAUGACCCUCGAGGAGCGGCACGCACUUCCAACACCACGACGGCUGACCAGUCAUCCGACGCGCGAAGCCCACCAUCGCGCUCCUCCUCACGAACGGCUGCAACGGCGAGCAAGCCGCCCAUUGCUCCAGCGGAGGACGGCGUAGACUCGACAUCACCCACCAGCAACCUCAAGCAACCGCGCAAGUCUCGUGUCCUUCGCCGCAAGACGGAUCAUUCAGUCAUUGAGCGUCGUCGUCGUGAGAAGAUCAAUGAGCGCCUCAUUCGCCUUCAAGAAAUGGUGCCCGCCUGUCGCGACGAAGUCAUGGAGAUGCUCGACAAGAAGCCUCUCAAAAGGAAUGGAACCGGUGGCAGUGGCAAGGCUAACUUGCUGACUGAUGAGGGAGAGAGGAAAGCCGAGAUAGAGAGAAAGUGUAGCGAGGAGAUGGUCCUGGAGAAGCUGUGCAUCAUAUCCCAUACCGUAGACUACGUCAUGGAGCUCCGUUCUCAGGUAGCAGCCUACCGUCGCCUCUGCCAGUGCGACCCUCCCGUAGGUGACCCGGCUCCUCGCGACCCCAUGAUGCACCUCCGCUUCGCCCAUGAGCUCCUCGCCGCUCAAGGAGGUGACGCGUCUGAGGAGAUCACGCCACCCAUCUCAGCUGCGGCUGAUCGAAGCCAGUCGCCUACAGCUACCACAUCGACGAGUAACACGGCAAACAGCAGCCACUCACCCGAGUUCGAGGCAGCAAGCAGCAAUGCCAGCAUGACGGCCGGGUCCGCAUCGGUAGCCGCGGCACCCAAGCGCAAGAGACACUGGGGCUCCAACCGCCCGCCCAGGGCUGCGCCCGCUGCAAGAAAGAAGCAGCGCAUCGUAGGAACGGCUACCCCCGCUACCAACAAGACCACACGCGCUGCCGCUCGAGCCAUUGCUGCCAGCAGCAACGGUGUUCCAGCCACCCGCACCUAUACAGACGACGAGGAUGAUGAGGAAAGCGGGGCAGAAGAGGCAAGCGACGAAGAAGACGAUUACGAUGAUGAGGCUUUCCAGAUGGACGACGAGCAUGGGUGCACGGCAGGUUGUCCUCUAGCCGCCGCAGCUCCCGCGACGACUGCCUCUGCCGCUGCUUCGUCCAAGCGACGCUUCUCCGACCCUCUGCACAACGUCCAACAACAGCACCAGCAGCUUCAUCAGCACAGCCAAAAGCGUCAGCUCGCUCAGCCACAGCGUUCAGCCUUGCCCUCUUCGUACAUGCGUGGCGAGCCAACGAGCACGCCUGCCCCCGCUGGUGGCGGUCAGCGUCACAGCGCGCUGUACGCUGCUGCAUCUCAGCAGCAUCAUCAAGGCUGCGUGUUGAGCCAGAUGAAUGCCCCAACCACCAAGAUUCCCGCGGGAGAUCGCGGAGACCAAGAGUGCAACCACAGUGCGUGCCAGUACGGUACCAGUGAAGGCGAAGGGACCAGGUGUUUGGAGUUACUCGCGAGCGUCAGCGCCGUUUCGCAGUAAGCGCAUGAGAGCAGACCAUGACGGACCGCGCCCGAGGCUGGAAGUGGCGCAGCUUGCUCAGCGCGCAGAAAGAGUGGGUGAUCAAGAGGGCUUACAGAUAGGGGAGGCAACAGCAGGAUAGCAGAGAGGGGGCAAUAGGAAAGGGAAAAGGAGGAUAGACGAGCGAGUCAACAGUCCCACUGUUCAUAGUGUUAUUACCUACCAAAAGAAGGCUCGUAAAAACUUUGAGAGCGUGAAGGCGUCAUUGCGUCCUCUUGUGCUGGCGUUACGCUCACAGGCCUCGUAGACGCGG